UACAAGUUUUUGUCAUUAACCCUGAACAGAUAGAUUGUUCACCAGCCCUUCUCCCGUCCAUCAGUAAAAUAACAAAGCAUUACUGCUUUACCAGAAAUGCCUCGUCUUCCCAUGAGACUAUUUACAAACAGCUUGAGAAUAAACAAUACCACCGUCGCUGCAACCCUCUCCCCUGCCCCCAAAGAAUCACGUGACUUUCUUAAGUUGGAUCAAAGUUUACUUUUGUUUUCCUUCUCUUUCUUUGCGGGGAGCGGCGCCUGCGCACUGCGGGCCUUUGAGCUGGGAACUGGCUUGGAGAGCAGGUCUGCGGACGUAUGUCACCGUGAGAGGAGGCAGCCGGCAUCCGCUACAUCCCUCAGCCUCAGUGCAGGGAACAUAGUCACAGUCUACUCAUCCUUGCUUCAUAUGGCAAACCUGCUGUCCCUAGAACAAGUCUAGUGAAUCUUCACUGUACUGCCCCUAUGGUCCGUCUGGCUAACCCUGAAACUUUCCCAAAUAGCCUCUGAGAAUGUCAAGUCUGGUUGAGCUGAGGAAAGGGAGUUUUUUUAAGCUGGUUGACACGCUUGCGUCCGAGAUUGGAGAACUGAAAAUGGUCAGUUCAGUUUCUGAUUUAGACGAAGAUGCUCACUCUGCUGGGUGGCUAUGUUUGCAAAGGGAUAUGGAUUAUGACCGUGAGAGAGAACAGGCUGCUAAACACUGGCUGAGGGAUUCCGGCUAUGAAAGCUUCCUAUGCAACCUCAGCAUCUUUGAUCGACUUCUGCAUACCCAUCCAGUCUGGCUACAACUUGGCUUGAGUGAUGAGGGUUGUCUACGCAUUCUGCAGCCCGAGGAUGCUGGGAUCUUCCUUGUUCGAAAAUCAGGCAGGACACAGAAAAAAAUCAUAUCUGUACGAUUAUCUGAGCCAGGACCACACUUUAUACAAGACUUCCCAAUAAAGGAAAGCCAAUAUACAUUCUCACUUGAAGGUUCCUGCUUGAGCUUCGCAGACUUGUUUAGGCUCAUCGCUUUCUACUGUAUUAGCAGGGACGUGCUGCCUUUCCCUUUAAAACUUCCUCAUGGAAUCAGAACUGCCAAGACAGAGACAGAAUUGGAAGCAAUUGCGUUCUUGGGUCUGGAGUUCUGGAGUUCUCCUGUGUACAAGAGAGUAGCCAAGAGCCCUGCACCUCCUACCAGUCCUCUCGGCAGAGGCAGUACUUGCACAGAGGAGAAGCAGCACUCGCUCUCCGAUGAACUACAUUCCAUACGAACACGAACGCCUUCAGAGCUGGAAUGCAGCCAGACCAAUGGUGCUUUGUGCUUUAUAAAUCCCCUUUUUCUAGAAGUGCACAGUAAAGAUAUUAACAGCAGCCUGAAAAGGCAGUGUUCAAAAACCAGGGAGACAGGCAGGCCCUAUUCCCCUCCUCCUCGGCCACCACCACCACGGCUGAGCACAAAUAUGAACCGGGCAAGCAGCACAAGGAGAAGCAGCAACCAGGCGAGUGAAGACACUGGCACGUUCAAGCUCCCAGACUCAAAAGUGACUCCAAUUCCACCGCCUCGCAACAAGAAACUGGCUACUAGUUCAGAAAUAGAAAGAAAUUCGACACCUCCGCUGAGGACUGCAGUGAAACUUUUUGAUUGCACAGCAGAAGAGGCAGUAACUGCUGGAAGCAAGGGCGAGGUUCAGAUGUUGCACAACGUGGCUUGCAGCAGUGAGAGAUCAGCUGCAAGUAUUAGUGCACAGAUCCAGGAAAUCAAAGACAGACAGCGGCUGAGUGACAUGAGCAUGUCAACCACAUCUACGGAAUCGGAUUCUAGCACUAUGGACAUUGAGCGCAAUUGCCCAUACAAUCACGAAGGUGACACAAACAGCAGUUUGGAAGAUUCUGAUGCCGAGAGCGAUCAGGAGGUUGACCCCCCACCUUGCACCCCAAAGAAGAAAAGGCAUGGGUCCUUCGUCUUCCCAAAGAUUGUAAAGACACACAUUCAAAAAGUGAGUGGCGUGUUCAGUUCCUUUAUGACUCCAGAGAAAAGGAUGGUGAAGAAAAUUGCAGAGAUGGCCCAGGACAAGCACACAUACUUUGGGUGCCUGAUCCAGGACUACAUCAACUUCUUCAAGGAAAACAGGGACUGCCACGUCUCCAGCACAGACAUGCUGCUCACUAUUCGCCAGUUCAUGACCCAAGUGAAAAUCUACUUGACCCAGAGCUCAGAACUGAACCCACCAAUAGAAUCUCUCAUUCCAGAAGAUGAAAUAGAUAUUGUUUUAGAAAAAGCAAUGCAUAAAUGCAUUCUGAAGCCCCUGAAAUCUUACAUUUAUACGACCCUGUUACAAUUUCAUGCUGCUGAUGGCUCCUGGAAGCAGCUAAAAGAAAAUCUACUCUCCGUUAAGCAGAAAGUACCUCAGGAGCUGGGAGUAAAUGCGGCCAUCCCUGAUACUAUGACCCUGGAGAAAAUAAAACAUAAGUUUUCAAAAAUGCACAAGACGUAUUCUCCUGAGAAGAAGGUGUUUCUCCUGCUCAGGGUCUGCAAAGUUAUCUACACUGUAAUGGAAAACAACUCAGGGAGAUUAUAUGGGGCUGAUGACUUCUUGCCGAUGUUGACCUAUAUAAUAGCCCAGUGUGACAUGCCUGAGUUGGAUAUUGAAAUUGAAUACAUGAUGGAGCUCUUGGACCCAUCACUGCUGCAUGGUGAAGGUGGCUAUUACCUGACUAGUGCAUAUGGAGCCCUCUCACUAAUAAAGAAUUUCCAAGAGGAACAGGCAGCCAGGUUACUGAGCUCCCAGACCAGGAAUACUCUGAAUCAAUGGCACAAAAGGAGGACCACUAACAAUAGAAGCAUUCCCUCUGUGGAGGACUUUCAGAACUACCUGCGUGUGGCCUUCAACAACAUGACAAGUGGCUGUACAGCCAAGACUUUACUGGUACAACCAUUUACUACAACAGAGGAGCUAUGUGCUCUUUGUGCAGCCAAGUUCCAAGUCGAGGACACUCAGAACUAUGGGCUUUUCCUCCUCAUAAAUGACACUUGGCAGCAGUUGGCUCUCGACACCUUCCCACAGAAGAUCAAAGCAGAGCUACACAGCAGGCCUCAAGCGCAGCUUUUCCACUUUGUCUACAAGCGCCUGCACAGUGACCUUCCCAACAACAACAAUGUCGUUUCUGAGGAAUGUAACAGAACUUCGUGAACAAGGAUUUUUGUUGCCGUCAGACACCCUGAAGGCCAUUUCAUUUUACUUGUGCUCACUUUAAUAGCAUGCUGAGGGUGCAUGCUAUUAAACCUUAACAUGUGAAGCCUUGCCAAUGUUCAUGGAACCAUGUGCAAUGCUUUGCAAGGGAUGCAGCUGGUUAUUGGGUUACUGCAUCAUCUUGCAAUAGGAAUUCGCUCUGUGUGGCAAAGACCAGUUAGAUGCAAUGCAUCAGUAAAACUGUCACUGUAGUUGGAUGAUUUGCAUCCUGCUCUUAGAUUUAAAACAAAAAGUGGGAAUAAAAUCAGUUUGGGCGCAGGCUGCAUAAAUGGUUUUAUGUCUAUAGGAAGACUGUUUCUGUGGAUCCCAGAGACAUUAAUUUGAUAGCAGUUGCUGGUUAACUGAGAGGUCUCUUAUUAUUAUAUUUUAUAAGCCAGAAUUUAUUAUUCUUAUAAACAUCUGGGCAUAUAAUGGUAACAAUUAAUUUGGGGAUUUUUUUUUAUUAUUCACUAUGUAUAUUGUUUUUUUUAAAUCUUGACCAUAAUGUUUGCGCUGAUGAAUGAAAUUAUUCUUUGGAUCAUUCUCCUUACACAUGUUGUACAAUAAUGUAGUAGUGUGUCGGUGCUUUCUGUCUUGCAACAUCAUUGGUAUUUCGAUUUGGCCCCAGCAUCAAAAUGGAUUACAGUAUCAUGCUGCACAAUAUUCUGUAGCCUUUGUACAGGAAAGGGAUUACUCUUCCAGGCAUAGUGAUUGGUGUCCAUUUCCACAUUGGUGCAGAAUAGAUUUAUUGGAACAAUGUCUGGGAUUCAGGACUAUAGUUAUGUGGAGAGACUAUAGAAACCUAGGUUGUUUUCCUUGGAAUAGACAUGAUUAAGAGGAGGUGUAAUGGAGGUCUUCAGAAUGAUAGAGUGAAUAAGAGGAAUGUUUUCCAGUUGAUAGAAUCAGUAAUCAGCAGGCAUCAAUUUUAAACAAUUGGCAAGGGAAUUAGAGGUGACAUUUGCAGAGCUAGAAUUUGAACGAAGGGCUAUAUCAUUCCUAUGAACCUGGAGAAAACACAAGGUGUGGGAAACAGUAAGAGGCUGGGUAUUGAAGCACACUAAUAGUGAUUCAGUGUCACGCAACCCUGCCACUUUGAUCUGGCCCACACCUUUAUUAACCAGGUCCAACACUUGCCUUUAUUGGAUCUUGCUCCUCCUUACACAAAUCAUCGGGUUUGUGGGGGUGUGGCCAGGGUUAGUUGGGGGGUGUGUCCCCUUGGACUUUAGCAUUAGGUUUGAGGGUAGGGCUGGUGGAUGUAUUGUGGGGUUGGGAGAGAUAUGGUUGUGGAGUUCUGUGUGGUGAGGAUGUGGGAUAUUGGCGGAUAGGGUAGUGUUGUGGCUGCAGGUUUGUGGGGGUGUGGCCAGGGUUAAUCAGGGUGUACCUAGGGUUAGUGGGGUUGAGUGCCUGCUUGGACUUUAGGAUUAGGUUUGAGGGUAGGACUAGCGGAUGUACAUGUGGGUCUGGGAAAGAUAUGGUUGUGCAGUUUUGUGUGGUGAAGUAUGAGGUGCUAUGGUGGAUAGGGUAAUGUAGUGGAGCCACUUUAAUUCAGCCCAAGGCUUUCAUUAUUUUGGUCCGAUACCACUUGGCUUAAUGAACUGGAUGUUCAAAGGGACACGUCAUCAGUAAUGCAGCCUGGGGUCACUGGGUGUUUUGAGUCUUAAUCAUUAGACACCCUUUCCAACGCGACCUAGCUAAAGUUGAUCAGGCCCGGCUUGUGUUUAUCCCAUGGACCAAGAUAAUGAGAGGCAUGUAAUUCUGAGGGUAAUGAUAUUUUUAAGCCUCAUUACCUGGCAUCUGUAUGCCUGGGAUUUGUAUGGAUUAAUGUGACAGUGUUCACUGCAGAUUCAGUAUCACUCCACACUGUGACUGAGUUUAGUGGUGACUUGUUUUCUGUGGACCCAGCCUGGGUUUAACUUACUGGUUCCCCUCACCUGGCAUGCUGUAUCUAAGCCAAGUGUUUAUGAACACUAGAUGCCCAAAAUGAAGCAUGCUGUUUUCCCUAUAAGUAUCAUCACUCACUUGAUGAGAACAGAAUUCAUGUUAAUUGGUUCAGCCCCUUGGAGCUUUAAUAUUAUAAAGUUGGGCAUUGUAAAGUGUGGAUGAGGAAGGGAUGGGAGGAAGUGAUUGGCAUAAGAGAAUAACAAAAUGAUUUGGUGUCUCAGAAGGUCAGAGUGAACCAAGCAGGAAAGAAGACGGACCUGGAGAGAUAAUCAUAGAUUUAGCUUCUAGCUUUACCUCUCACUUACAGUAAGUCCACCUACUGUCAUCCUUUGCUGCUGGGAUGCCAGAUGAUAUUCAGGGUAGAAAGGAAAACCUGAUACUGUAUCUAAAGUCAGUUGUUUACAUUACUGUAUCUUUACUGCAAUCGAUUGAAACUUCAACAUUCCGAGCUAGCAGUUUUGAGUGUGCUAUACUAAACGGUAACUUUUCAAUGGCCGCUAUCUUUACAACUUGCAUUGAGGGCCCCACUACUAAUUACUGACUGUAGUCUGCAUUGACCUUUUGUGUUAUACUGUGAAAUUAGAUUAACUUUAAAGUACUUUUCUCAUGUCAACAAUUCGAGUGAAGAUUCAGCCGGGAUUAACACAAUCAAACACUUCUUUGUGCUGUAAUUGGACUGUUGUAAGAAAGUGGUUCUAAAGUUGAUGGACUAAGUUCAAGGUGCUUAAAAUGGGUGAUGGGAAGUGGAAAUCUUCACAUUGAAACAAUGAGGCCAUUUGGAAGGCUUGCUUCCUGGUACCUCUCUUCCUGGUCAGUAAACGGGAGCACUGAACUUGUCCAAUCCUGACAGUGUUAAAUUUCCUGCUUUGUCCUAGUUCAUAGUUGACCUCAUGCUGGUAUUCACAACAGGAAAAUCAGGAGCAGAGCCUGGAUCUUUGAAACUCACAGUGGAGAAUAUUCUAGUUGUCACUGGAAGAGAAAGAGAUAUACGCAUAAAACCAUGUCAGAACUAUGAAUCUUGUGAUUCCAGUUCUGAUUUACCUCUGCAAAUAAGCACUCGACAAGUGUAGUUGCUGGUAAGAGGAGUGCCUUCUGAAACUUUGUUAGUGUGGUCAGUCUGGUGUACAUUGUCUGGUCAGAUUUGUUCCUACAGGGAACCUUGGAGCAACAAAAAAAAAAGAUCAUAGAUAACAGGAAACUGCAGAUGUUUGGAUCUGGGAAAAAAAAACAAGCUGCUGGACAAACUUAGUGGGUGAGGCAAAAUCUGUGGACCAGUUCUGAUGCAGGUCUCAACUCAGAACAUCAGAUUUUCUGUUUACCUCCACAAAUACUUACCUGACUCGCUAAGUUCCUCCAGCAGUUUGUUUUUCAAAAAGAUCAGCAACCUGGGUCUCCAACCUUUUGCUCCUUCUUGGUUCAUGGAAUGGACAGUCCCCAGAAAAUGGGGAUUUAUGCAGCACCAAAGCUGAAUGUGCUCAGUGAUAUCAUUAAAAGUGGAGCACAAAAUGCUCCACUUCCUUGAACCAUCCCUUCCAGAUGGCCACAAUAAUAUAAUAAAGAGCUCUACCAUGUUUCUCCAAACUUUCCCAACUGAUUGUAGAAUAAAAUUAUUAUUUGCUUAUAAAUCCAAAGGAAAAGCUUGAUGCUGAAAGACAUGGAAGCAAAUUAAGUCUAAGGGAAAAACAGAAUGGAAUCAAAUAUUUUAAGUGAAAUACUAUAAAUUUGCUCCAUAUGCAGUUUGUAUCUGCACAGUGACUGGGCUCUAUGUAACAAAAGGAUGGCAUCAACACGGCCAGGAUCUGACAUUUUUGGCCUCCACAAAGGUGAUUUGUCAAACAGGCAAAGAUAUAUAUAAAUUCUACAUGCAAAAUUUUCCACUAAUAGGGCAUGAGAGGCAUUUAUAUCAUUUGCACAUCAUCAAGUAUUUAAUCCCUCUCUUGAGCUGCUCACUGCAGUCCUGGCUAUUUGCCAACUAUUGGAUAAAUAUCCUGAAGUCUUCCAAGCUUAAUGUUGACUGCCAUACAAAGUAUAAUAUCUUAGCUGCAAAAAAUGUUUUAAACUAUUUCAUUUCUGAUUCUGGUCACAUGAUGUGUGAUUCUCUGUUCAACCAUAUAAGCCAGUAAGAUAUAUAUUCUAUACAUGAGCCUCCUUGAUGUUGUCAGCAGUUGCAAGACUGAUAAAUCGCAAGAGAACCACAGGCAUUGGGAGUUGCUCUCCUGUGGGUUGUAUUCAUUAUCUGAUUUCUGGAUUACUUUGUGAUUUGACUCCCAUGAAUUGGCAUUAUAUUCUUCUGAACAAGCCUAUAGUCCAAGAGUUUCUAGAUUUCCAUUAGUUUCAUUUAAGUUUAUCUUCUUUUAUUUUCAAGGUUUUCAUGAACCAUAUCUCUUUUACUUGUAUAUUUCUAGAAAAAUUAGGCAUUUUAUGCAAUGGCAGCUCAUUCACUGGUUAAUGCAAGUUUCCAUUUCAGUGAUACAAUUGAGCUUUGUUCUGUGCAUCAGACGGUUUAGAAAGCAAAAUUGACAAUUGCCAGUUCAGUGUAGGUUAUACCAUUGUAAACUAUGGGAACAAACUGUUAACCUAAAAUUGGCUUGCAUCAAGAUUACUUUUAGGUAGAUUGUCUCUUUAAUGAAACCGCAUUUGUGAUUUGUAUUUGUAGUUUAGAACAGCACUAAGAAUUUGUAUACCAUUGUGACAAAAAUAUUUGGAUACAUCAAUCCAAACCCCUUUUAUACUGUAGCCACAUACUGUGCAUACUACGUACAACCGAAAUAUUGGAUUUUGCACUCAAUAAAAAUUGAAUGUUUCAGUUAUGUAGUGUGUGUGUGUGUUUCAGUUCAAAUAUAUCUGGUUAUCUUGUGACAUUAACAGGGAAACAUGAAGCAGUUUUCUUUAUAAUUAUGUAUCUUAUCCAGUACUUUGGAGUUCCAGCAGAUAGCAAUUAACCAAGUGUCCAAGAGUUAGCCUAAGCUGAACAACCUGUUGCUUGUGACCUGCCAUUUUCAGGGUGUGUAACCAUUCUUGUAUUGAGCAAAAACAAGCCCUCUUCACACAUUCCCAUUAUCUCACCACAGAUACUAGCAUACAGCUACAUUGUAGCAGCAAUUUAUAGUGCCAAUUAACCUACUAACUCACAUGUCCUUGAGAUGUGGGAGGAAACUAGUGCAAAUAGUUUCCUCCCCCCCACCCCACCCCGAGGAAGAGUGCAAAUUCCAUGUGACUGACAGUAGAGGUUAGCAUCAAACCUUGUUCACUGGAGCUCUGAGUUAGCAGCUCUACCAGCUCUGCUAUUGUGCUGCCCAUGGAAGUGCCCAACAUCGACUUGGAUAAAUAGAAGCUGUGUCAACAUGCAAAGCACAAUGGUUUAGCAGUGUGGCACCUAAAAUUCAAACACAGAAGUAAACCUAUAUUUUUUCAUUCCCAUGUGGAAGUUUUGUGCAAGUGUAAAAGUAAUUUCAGAGCUCGUUGAAAGAAAGUUAUCAAAUGUAAGUCGCAGCAGCAUCCUGUUUGUACAGCAAAAACUUUUAUAACCAACUCAGCUCAUGCCAAAUGUCAUCACAUUUUUAGGAAAAAUUUCCUACAACAGAACCAUUUCCCAUAAAUAUUGCAUUUUAAGUGGUGGCUGCAGAACAAUGAAAUAAUUAAAGCUGAAAUCCUGCAGCUCCGACAGUAUGACCCAGUUCAAUGUUAUCCUCCAGCGUUCCCUGUACAGUUUGCAUGUCCUCCCCCUAACCAGAUGCUCUGGCUUCCUCCCACACCUUAGAGAUGCGUGGAUUGAUAGGUCAGUUCACUGCUGUUCCUUGCCCCUAGUGUAUACACUCAGUUGCCAUUUUAUUUAGAUACCUCUGUACACCUCAUUAAUGUAAAUACCUAAUCAGCCAAUCAUGUGGCAGCAAUUCAUUGCAGAUUUGGACAAGAGGUUCAGUUGUUGUUCACACCAAACAUCAGAAUGGGGAAGAAAUGUGAUGCAAGUAACUUUGACCAUGGAAUGAUUGUUGGUGCCAGAUGGGGUGGUUUGAGCAUCUCAGAAACUGCUGAUCUCCUGGGAUUUUUGUGCACAACAGUCUCUAAAGUUUACAGAAUGGUGUAAAAAAAAACAAAAAAAUCCAGUGAGUGGCAGUUCUGUGGGCAAAAACACCUUGUUAGUGAGAGAGUGGCCAGACUGGUUCAAGCUAACAGGAAGGUGAUAGUAACUCAAAAAGCCAUGCAUUACAACAGUGGUGAGCAGGAGAGCAUCUCUGAAACCACAACACGUUGCACCUUGACUUGGAUUAUCUACUGCAGUAGAUGACGACGUUGGGUUCCACUCCUGUACCUAAUAAAGUGGCUACUGAGUGUAGGUGAGUGGUAGAAUCUGGGGAGGGAGCUGAUAUGGGAAAAUAGGAUUAGUAUAAAUGGGUGUUUAAUGGUGGGCUGAAGGGUGUGUUUAUAUGCUGUAAGACUCAAUGAUUAAAAUAACAUAACCUCAUCCUACAGACAGUCCCUACAGAAUUUCUGGUGCUAGCCUGAAGCUAAAUUUUUGAUCAAUGUAUUUGUGAGUAGCUGUCAAAUCACAAAUAAGAGGAAAUCUGCAGAUGCAGGAAAUCCGAGCAACACACACAAAAUCCUAGAGGAACUCAGCAGGCCAGGCAGCAUCUAUCGGGGGAGGGGGGAAUUAGUCAACAUUUCGGGCCAAAAUUCUUCAGCAGGACUGGAAAAAAUGAGGUAGCCUCCAACCUGAUGGCAUGAACAUCAAUUUCUCAAAUUUCCAGUAAUGCCUUCCACCGCUUCCUCCCCCCCCCCACCCGACUUCACCAUCUCCCAUCCCUUUUUUCCUCCCUUACCUUAUCUCCUUGUCUGCCCAUCACCUCCCUCUGGUGCCUCCCUUUUUCUUACUUCCAUGGCCUUCUGUCUCUUUCACCACUCAACUUCCCAGCUCUUUACUUCACCCCUCCCCCUCCAAAAUCACCUGGUGUUUCUCUCUCCCCUCCCCCAUCUUUUAAAUCUACUCCUCAGCUUUUUUUUCCACCAGUUCUGCCGUAGGGAUUCUGCCCGAAAUGUCAACUGUAAUUUUUUGCCAUAGAUGCUGCCUGGCCUGCUGAGUUCUUCCAGCAUUUUAUGUGUGUUGUGAGUAGCUGGUAUGCUUUCCUAUUUAUUCCCACUUUCCUGUUAUGAGAAUGGUGGGGCUCGUCAUUCAUAGAAAGUAAUUACAUCUGACCUGUCAACCAGCUGGUUUACUGAAUGAUGUUGUAAUGACACCAUUAACUUGUAGCUUCCAAUUCAUUUUCUGCAUUUUUAUGAGUGAAUUACUUCUAAUAAUUAAAAUGAAAAACAUUUUGUGAGCUAAAAUCUCUGCAUGCAUUUAAACCAAGUUUUUCUCUAAACUAUGUAAUUAAGUUUGACACGAGUUUAGAAAGAAUCUGAAAACUUUUGACCUCAUCGUUAUUCUCCCAAAUGCUUAAAUAAAUGAUUUUACUCCAUAAUUGUAGAGAUACAGCAGGUAGUGUGAAAAGAACAAAAAAAGAAAAAAAGUCCUGAUGAAGGGUCUCGGCCUGAAACGUCGACUGCACCUCUUCCUACAAAUGCUGCUUGGCCUGCUGCGUUCACCAGCAACUUUAAUGUGUGUUGUAGUGUGAAAAGAAUGUCGUUUCACCAGACUGUGAGGCAAAUGACCAUUUUGGUGAAAGGAAGAACUUGUACCACAUUAUCUUGUACCUGAACUGUAAGCUCUGUGGUCAAAAGGGGACACUGGCUCAUAUACUGUCCAGGUGUAAAACAGCUCUAACUCAAGGACAGUAUAGGUGGUGCCAUGAUAAGGUGCUUCUGGCUCUUGCUGACACACUAGAGUGGGAGAGAUGCAAGAAGAGGACGGCUGGCACAGAUUUGAGGAAGGCCAUCACCUUCAUCAAAGAGGGAGCUAGGCCUUUCGUAACCAAACAACCAAAGCCCAAUCUGCUGCUAACGGCCAGGUCCUGGGAGAAGAGGGUCGAUGUGGGAAGGAGGUUGCAGUUCCCGGAUGUGGUGCACACAACCCCAUGCCCGGACAUUGUACCGUGGUCAACGGAAGACAAGAAAAUAAUUCUGGUUGAGUUGACUGUGCCCUGGGAGGAGGGAUGGGAAGAGGCCCACGAGAGAAAGGCCUUGAAGUACCAGCCCUUACUGCAGGAGUGUAAAGACAAGGGAUGGCAGGCAUGGUUGUUCCCUGUGGAGAUCGGCUGCAGAGGUUUCCCAGCCAAAUCAGCAUGGCGGUUGUUGUCAGAUCUGGGCCUGGACAAAAGGAGCAAAAAAACAAGAAGGUCGUAGGAUGGGGGAAGAGGCAGAACCAGCCUCUUGUUGGAUUUGGAGUAGGCGAGAGGAGGGAAGC